GAAGAGAGAACAUGAGAAGUGUAGCUAAACUGACGAUAUUAGACUGUAAUGAUAGCGUACAACCGGAGGCGUCUAUCGUGUUUCAGUUUAGAUCAAACCACGCCCACUUCCGUAUACGAAAUCCUCGACGAAACGACAGCCGUGUUCCUAUGGAAACAGCACUGACGCUGGUUCGAAAAAGGAUAGACGCCAAUAGCAACGAUAGCGUUCAGGCUAAUGUUAUCAAAUGUAGCGUACAGCCGGUUGCUAACGUUAGCGAUGUUGGUGUGUAGCCGGAGGCUAACGUUAGCUCGUCUAGCUUAAAAAAUUAAGCUGCAUCGGCCCCGUAGUGAACCCUAUAUCCCGCCAGUAGGAGAUCUUCCCUGCCGUUACCUCAGAAGUCGGAGUCUUCCCGCCACAGACAGGGGGCUCUAUGACGGUCUAUGAACUUCUAAUGGGUAUAAAUAAAGUUAUAUUGUUCAGCCUUGGGACCAUGGUUCUGGGAGUCUAAUCUGAGCCCUCGUCCCAUCCUGGUCUGUCCCUGGUCUGUCCUGGUCUGUCCGGCUCUGCCCUUCACUUCCUCAGUAAUCCUGUUAGCCGUCUCUCCCUCUAAUCCUCCCACAGUGUUCAGAUCCCUGUAGGUCUUUACAGCCUCUGCACCGCAGCUCUGUGGGAUGCUGCUGGACCCUGACUGAACGACUCAGGAUGUUGAGCUGGGUGGUCAAAGUCGUUCCCCAGCCGCCUGAGCCUCCAUCCAAAAAAGUCGAAGAGCAGGAUGACAAAUCAGCUGCCGCUCCGCCCCCUGCUGCAGCCCCGCCUCCAUCUCCCACGCCUCCACCUGCUGCAGCCCCGACCCCUGCUCCUGAGAAGAAGGUGACCUUUCAGGACGAGUGUAAAAAUGAAGCUUCAAAAGACCAGAAAGCUGACCAAUCCAAACAGGAAGGACAGACGGCCGAGGGGAACGGCCCGGCACCCAGCGUGUUGACGUGGAUCAGCGGAGCUCUGCCUCAACCGGUCUCACCUAUACUGAGCCGGGCCAACUCCACCACCAAGGAGGAAACUACAACAGCCAGGAAAGGGAUGAUAGCUUGGAUCGCUCAGGGUUUGGAGAAGGUUGUUCCUCAGCCUGAUCUGAAGAACAAAGAGUCAAUACCAGCUGAGCUGCCCGCUGAGCCUGCAGCGUUGUCAGCUCCUGUGAGUCAGGCAGCAGCUGCACCAGCUGCAGAACCUCCAGUCACUGCCCCCACCGCUGAGGUGAAGCCAGAGGAGAAGACUGACAACAAGACCCAGCCUCCCAGCAUGAUGGAGUGGAUAAAACAUGGCAUAGAGAAGGUGGUUCCUCAGCCAGAGAUCCCAGUCUGCUCAAAGACAGAGAGCAACGAGAAGACAGAGGCUCCGGCUCCAGCUAAAGUUGAUGCUCCACCCCCAGCUCCCCCAGCUCCUCCAGCUCCUCCAACAACACCAUCAACCCCAAAAACCCCCACAACACCAAAAUCUGAAACUGAGAAGUCUUCCAAAGAAGCAGAGCAGCAGCCCAAUGUGGUUGGGUGGAUCGUCAGUGAGAUCAGUCGUAUUUUACCUCAGCCUGUACCGAGGCAGGACGCAAGCAGUGAUGAAGUGCAGAGCAUCAUCAUCGUGCAGAAGAAGACAGACCUGGUGCUUGAGGAUGUGGAAGAGGAUGAGGCAUCAAAAAAGGGGAUGGAUCAACAGAGGGACAGUGUCAAGAAGGAGGAGAGACUGCAGCAGGAGCGUCUGGAGGCGGCUCGAGCCGCAGAGGAGAUAGCCAGGAAGGCGGCGGAGGAGGCGGUCCGACAGCUGGAGGUGGAGCAUUCAGCUAAGAUUGUCAUAGAAACGCUGCCAGAGCCCAACGAGCAACUGCCCAAUAUCCUGGAGGAGGAAAACGAGGACGAACCAGAGUUGCAGAACCUGCAGGAGGACAGUGACGACAGUACAGAAAAUAAGAAAAAACCCAAUGAGUCCCUUUUAGAUGUCUGCAUAGCUGAAGGUGGUCAAGAGGACAAGCCUCCAGCUGAAUCCAGACCAGCAGGGGAAGUUGCUCCUUCAUCAAUAGAAGUGGAGCCAGCAUCAGAGAAGAGAGACCUGGAGAGUCCAAUCACCCAACAACCACAGUCACCAGCUCCAGAAACUCUGACCACAGGCAAUGAUGCAGCAGCAGAAGGAGGAGCUCCUGACAUUUGCUCUCCAAUAAAGAGCUUCCUGCUUCGAAUCCCUCAUGUUGCUGAGUGUCUGGAGAGCUGCAGAGAGCUGAUGCAUGACAAUUACCUCAACCCCCCCAAGCUAUCCAUGCCGACCCUGCCGCCAGAGCUCGCCCAGCUGAUCCAGGAGCUGUCGCAGCUCCCCAAAUGGGCACAUCAGUGCUCUCCGGUGCUGAAGGUGGAGGAUGUGGAUCCGGAUGUGGGACAGGGAAAAGUCCUGACCAUCCCCCAAAUUAUCACAACCCCAGAGCCACAGUCAAAACCAGGUCAUGGAGAUGAAGAAGAUGAGGAGCUGAUGAAGGUUGAUGUAAAGACCCAGGCCAGUCAGGGAGACCUGCUGGCUGCAGAUGAAGAGACUCGUCCUCUGUCAGCCGCCAGCGUCGGCAGCAUCGUGAUCCAGGACCGUCUGACCGAGCUCGUCAUGCUGUUUAAAGGUCGAACAGAGCGCCAGAAAGAACGGCUGGUGGACCCUGACGAGUCCGAGGAGGAGAGUCCCACAGCCUCCCCAGCCAAAGCUCCACCUCCUCCUCCUCCACCUCCAGCAGGGGAGGAGAAGAAGGACGAUGCAGCGGCAGCAGUAGCAGAAGAAGAAGUGGAGCUGGGGUUCCAGUUUGAACUUCUUGGACACCCAGUAAAACUUCCCAAACUGCCCAAACUUCCCAAGAUGCCCGACUGGCUCCGAGCCAUCGUGGAGUACCGCUUCCCCUCCAGCAUCGACCCCUUCACCGAUCUGAUCUACGUGAUCUGGCUUUUCUUCGUGGUGGCAGCAUGGAACUGGAACGUGUGGCUGAUCCCGGUCCGCUGGGCGUUCCCCUACCAAACCCCAGAGAACAUCCACCUGUGGCUGCUGGCUGACUACACCUGCGACCUCAUCUACAUCACUGACAUCCUCAUCUUCCAGCCCAGACUGCAGUUUGUCCGCGGAGGAGACAUUGUGUGUGAUAAAAAGGACAUGAGAGAACACUACAUGACCACUGAGAGAUUUAAGAUGGAUGUCAUCAGUCUGUUUCCCAUGGAGAUAUUUUAUUAUUUCACUGGAGUGAACUCUCUGCUGAGGUUCCCUCGUUUGCUGAAGUACAUGGUUUUCUUUGAGUUCAACGACAGAAUGGAAGCUGUGAUGAAGAAAGCAUACAUCUACAGGGUGAUCCGAACCUCCACCUACUUGCUUUACUCUCUGCACAUCAACGCCUGUCUCUUCUACUGGGGCUCAGACUACGAAGGACUGGGAUCCACCAAAUGGGUUUAUAAUGGAAAAGGCAACGCUUAUAUUCGUUGUUACUACUUUGCUGUGAAGACGCUGAUCACCAUCGGAGGACUGCCCGACCCCACCACCGUGUUUGAGAUCUGCUUCCAGCUCAUCAACUAUUUUGUUGGUGUCUUUGCUUUUUCUAUCAUGAUCGGUCAGAUGAGAGAUGUGGUUGGAGCAGCAACGGCCGGAGAGAACUACUACCGGGCCUGUAUGGACAGCACCGUCAAGUACAUGAAUUCUUACAACAUCCCCCGGGAAGUCCAGAACCGCAUCAAGACCUGGUACGACUACACCUGGAAGAGCCAGGGCAUGCUGGAUGAACAAGAGCUACUAAUUCAACUUCCUACUAAGAUGAGACUGGACAUCGCUGUGGACGUCAACUAUGCUAUCGUCAGUAAAGUCGCACUGUUUCAGGGCUGCGACAGACAGAUGGUGUUCGACAUGCUGACGAGGCUCAAGUCUGUCGUCUACCUGCCCGGCGAUUUUGUCUGUAAAAAGGGGGAGAUCGGCAGGGAGAUGUACAUCAUCAAACAGGGGGAGGUUCAGGUGGUGGGCGGUCCUGACCUGCAGACAGUGUUUGUCACCAUCAGAGCUGGCUCUGUGUUUGGAGAGAUCAGUUUGUUAGCGGGAGGCGGAGGGAACAGACGCACUGCCAACGUGAAGGCACAUGGAUUUGCCAACCUCUUCAUCCUAGACAAGAAGGACCUGGCAGAGAUCCUGGUGCACUACCCAGAGUCUGAGAAGCUGCUCCGCAAGAAGGCAAAGAAGAUGCUGACAAAGGACAAGAAGCCAGAUGAGAAGGAAGGUAAAGAGGUGGCAACGGUCAUCCCACCCAGACCCGACACCCCAAAAAUGUUCAAGGCGGCACUGAAGGUGACGGAGCAGGCAGGAAUAGAAGGAACCUUCGCCAAACUGAAGCAGGCCUACAAACCAUCAGAAGAAGAGGCCCCCCCCUCCAUCUCUCCGAUGCCUCCUCCCUCUCCAAUGCACCGCCGCUCUCCGGUCCCUCUCGCUGUGGCUCGGGACGACGACGAAACAGUGGUGGAGACGGCCGACAGCUCCGUCAUCAUCAGGAUGACGCCACGACACAAAGGAGAGGAGCUGCUCAGCGUGGAGGUGGUGCCCGGUGGAGAGGAGGAGGACGGAGAGGAGAAGAAGAAGAAAGAGGAGUAGAGGAGGAGGGAGGAGGACAGGUGUUACUCUUCCUCCACCUGCCUCAUAUUCUUCUGCUGAGUCCUGCUGCUUCCCAGAAUGCCUUUCACCAACCUCCAGAGAGGACCCAGUGCAUUCUGGUCUCUGUUUUGUCUACCUUACUCUCCCUACAGUUUGUUUUUAUUUUCCUUUUUCAUUCCAAACAUCCAGGGUGCAGUUCCGUCUUUGACCACACAGGCAGAUUACCAUUAGCAUCUAGUGUAACACAGGGGAGUGCUGUUUCACCCAUGUUUGGAAAAAAUGAAUGAAAAAUAGGGACGGCAUGGAUAUAACAACAAAAUAAGUGUCUGUUUUUUGGCAUGUUCAUUAAACUCAGUUUCCCAGAAUCCCUAGCUUCUGUUCUGCAGCUCUGGUGCUUCAUGGCACAGCCACUGACUCACUGUGGCCUUCACUGAGCUGAUUUUACUGUAGAAGCAGCUUCAUGUUUAACAGUUAUGAUGAUGUAGGUGUUUUAUUUUUAUUAGUUUAAAAUGAGACUGAAUAUAUAAUUGUCUCACAUGGUAGAGGCCAGAAAAUAAACGUAGAGCUCAUUGAUGUAAAGACAAUUGUGUUUCCUGUUUCCACUGUGAGCCACUCAAUAACUGUUGGACUCUAACUGAGCUCUAAUGACUUUUAAUGAUUUUACUCCACCAGUUUCCAGGUCAUUCUGGAUUAUUGGAAUGUGUGUGGACCAGUUUUCAGCCUGGUCAGGGUUUAUUUCAGGACCAGGAUCAGGGUUUAAUGUUGAAAGGUCAGUUUGUAUUUUUUUUUUCGACACAAGCUGGUGUGGAAAACUAAAAUAAUAUUCAUUUUAAAUCUUGUAACUUGCCAAUUUAGACAGCUAGCUGCUAGAGGGCAGUGCUGAGCUUUUUAUUGAGUAAAUAGAAAGCUGCAGGGAGACAUUUAAUACCCCCCAGUAGGGAUAUAGUGGUGUGUGAGAGUGUGUGUAUGUAACAGGAAAAACUUCAGGAAGCAGAGGAAACUCUCAUUGUGUCGGUCUGAGUUGAAGGGGAAAGACAGAACACAAGAAAAGGCGGGAAAAGAGAAACAAUGCUGAGCUGAAAGCUGGACACAGGAAGCUCUGCUGAUUGUUGAGUGUAGAAGAAGACAAAGAGGCAUACAUUUAUACUGGAGCUUAAAG